ACCACUGGGCCUCGGCGAUUAGCCUUUCACAAAAAAAUAAAAAAUAAAAAAACAGAAGAAAAAAAAGACAACGAAUCUCCUCUCUUUCUCCCCCCAUUCUCUUCUUAGGGUUUCACAAGAACAGUGGUGCACUGGGGGGUUGAUUACAGUUCCCAGAAAGCUUCAACGUUAAUCCUGGCUUCUUCGCGCAUUUUUCCGGAAAAGCUCACCAUAGCCCCUCCAUUUCCAGACAAGAAAACUCGUAUUCUGGUCAGGUCCGCGCUCUGUAUCGGCCGCUGCUCGGGGAUAUUCGUGAGAUGUUAUCAGUGAUGAGCAGCAAAGGUUUCGAUUCAGAUCGCAGAAACGACGCGGAUCAUGUUACGGAUCUUAGGGCAUCAAUUGCCUCCAGCUCCGGUGCUGGAAAUGGAGCGGUUGUCUCAAUCUCGACAGGUUCCGGUGAACCUCAGGGUUUUGAGGACGCCGUAAAUGGUGGCAGUAGGAGUGCUUGUUCAGUUGGUGGUAAUUUACCAGAAGCUAGGGCUCCACCUGCAGAUUCGAAGGAGAGUAGUCAUCAUCAGUUUGUUUCAAUGAAAUGUGAAGGUAGAUUGAAUGCUGAGAGGAAGAAUAUGGGCUCUGUAGCUGCAUCUAAAUCCAGUAACUUGGAAUAUGACAUGAUGCUUUCCAAGUUUGAUGAUUUUGCUGCCAAGGGUAAGCCUUGGGCUGUUGGUUGGGGUUAUGAAAUGGGAGAUAUGGUCUGGGGAAAGGUGAAGUCUCAUCCAUGGUGGCCAGGCCACAUUUUCCACGAGGCUUUUGCAACUACUUCAGUUCGGCGAAGCAAGAGGGAUGGCCAUAUAUUAGUUGCCUUCUUUGGUGAUAGUAGCUAUGGUUGGUUUGAACCGUCUGAGCUUGUACCCUUUGACUCUAAUUUUCACGACAAAUCUCAACAAACAAAUUUGAGGUCUUUUACCAAGGCCGUAGAAGAAGCCGUUGAGGAAUUGAGCCGUAGGUGUGCUCUAGGUUUGAUUUGUCGAUGUAGGAGUGUGGACAAUUUCCAUCCUUCAUCUGCUGAAGGUUUCUUUGAAGUUGAUUUAAAUGAAAAUGAGAGUAAUUUUAUUUAUUCUGCUAGCCAGAUAAAAAAAGCCAGAGAGAGUUUUCAUCCCAGAGAAACUCUUGCUUUUGCCAGGAAAUUGGCAUUGACACCUAUGAGCGGAGACUCGGGUAAUAUAACAUUUAUAAAGAACAAAGCUAUUGCUUUAGCCUAUAGAAAGGCAGUGUUUGCACCUCAUGACCCUACAUAUGCUGAAGCUUUCGGUGCUCAUGUAACUAAAAACCUUCAACUGAUGCAGCCUGUAUCUCAACCAUCAAGAGUGCAAGUGGGAGCGUCCGUUGGUGGUAGACUAGUUUCUUUCGAGGCUGUGGGUAAAGGAAAACCUUCACUAAAACAUUCCAAAGCUACAGAUAAGACAGAGAAGGACAGGUAUCUCUUCAAGCGCAGAGAUGAACCCGAGAACGUGAAAAGCCACAAAGCUGGCGAGGUGCAAGCUAUUGGUGCCUCUAAACAGCUGCCUGUUCUUGUAGACAGUCACAGCAUAGCUGAGAAUAAUGCAUCAUGCACUUCUGUUGAACCACGUCUAGAGCAACCUCGCAAUCAAAAUGCUGCUGCUGCUGCUACAGUGGAAUCACACAGAAGUGGGUUGCAAGCUCAAGAUUGUGUUGGUGAAGUGCAUCAUAUUUCACUUCUCGCAGAAGCAAAGCCCCAGCCUGAAGGAUCUAAAGCACCUUCUCUUGGCAGUAUGGAAAAGGCAAAAAGCCGUAAACGCCCUUUUGAAACCAGUCGGCUGCUGGAGGAGGAUAAGAAGAAAAAGAAGAAAGUUCCAGGCAUGAACACUGGCUUCUCUAAUUUCCCCGAGAAGCAAAUUGUGUCUGGUGGUGUGGAUAGGGUUGAGAAUCAGAGUUUAUUAGGAGGAGAUUCAGGUCCUGUUGGGGAGGAAGCAGUCACUGAGAUGGAUCAUAAGCGAAACGAGCACGGGGCAGUUUCUCAUCAAGCUGCAGAGAUAAGAAAAGGCAUUGAACUCCCUCAACUGCUAUGCGAAUUGCAAUGUCUUGCUCUGAAUCCAUUCUAUGCCCUGGGCAGGGAUUGUUCUACAACCACAAGAACUGCCUUUUUGCGCUUUCGGUCCCUUGUUUAUCAGAAGAGCUUGGAAAAUGAGUCACCAACUGAGAACGAAUCAGUCAACGAAGCCCAUUCCAGUAGAUUAGAUGGUGCACCGACUAAGCCGAAGAAGCCUUCUGUGAGGGUCGAUGACCCCUCAAGGGUUGCGCGGAAGCGUGCCCCAUCAGAUAGGCAGGAGGAGAUAUCUGUCAAAAAGAAGAAGAAAAUGAACGAUUUGAAGAUGAUGACGGGAGAGAGAAGGGAUCCCCAGAGGAGUUCUGAAGUGCCACUAAAGAAAGUAGUAGCCAAGCCGCCAGAGUUGAGCAAGAAGAUGAUGAUGACUGAACAACAGUCGCCAGCAAAGGUGUCAUCCGCACCAACCAUGCUCCUCAUUAAAUUCCCUCCCAGAGGGGCACUUCCUUCGCUUCCCGAGCUCAAAGUGAAAUUCUCUCGCUUUGGGCCCCUCGACCUUUCCGCCACUCGGAUCUUCUGGAAGUCCUCAACAUGCCGGCUCGUGUACCGCUACAAGCAUCACGCGGAGGCCGCACUCAAGUACGCGGAGAGUUCCACCCAACUCUUCGGCAACACUGAUGUCAAAUGCUCCAUCCGUGAAGCCGAUGCACCACCCGAAACAACCGCCACCGCUAGUGGUUCCGUCAAGGGAGCGUGGGGCCCUCCACAAAGGGAAGGAGACCUCUCCGCCUCCGGAGGGGAAGGCUCCUGCCAGUCCAACAAAGAUUCUGCAUCUGCCAGAUUGCUCCAGCAGCAGCAGCUAAAGUCUUGCCUGAAAAGGGCACCGCCGAGUGAAGAGGCGGUCAACGGCAAUGGUAGCAAUAGGAGCACCACCCGUGUAAAAUUUGAUUUGGGUGGGGGAGAAGAUAGUAAUAGAGGCGAGCUGUCGAAUGAUGUUAGUAAGAACCACCCCAAAACAACUGCUUUUACUUCACUAUCUUCUGAUACUUCUUCUACUACUACUACUACUACUAAUGUCAACAAAAAUAUUUCAAAGGGCAUUCUCCCCACUCCGCCGCAGUUUCCCCCGGUGCUUCUUCCUCCUCCACCGGCACUGCUUUUUCACGACCACUUCACCGACGCCACCACCCCUCACAGAAACGUGCAUAAUUUUGAUCCCCCACAUGCCACCCCAAAUAUAGACAUUUCCCAACAGAUGCUAAGCCUUCUCUUGAAGUGCCAUGAAGUUGUGGCCAAUUUGACCAACCUACUGGGCUACACCCCUUACUGUCCCUUGUGAGAUGAUAUGAUCUAGGAUAGGAGAGGGGUCAUAAAUAAGUGUCCUUGGCCCAAACAAGACAAGAAAAAUGGAAAAAUCCCCUUUGUGGAGAUUUGAUUUGAUGCCCAUUUUGGUCCGGAGACAUGUGCCGCGGGCUUUCGGUCUGCCUGCUUGAUGUGAAUAGAAGACGUGUGUUCACGCCGAUCUGCGCUUCGCCGGUCUUAUAUCUAUGAAAUGUUUUUUGUAUUUUGGGAAUGCUUUCAUGAACUUGAUUGUAUUGAUGGUGAUAGUGAUAAUGCCCUCAUUGCUUGUUUGCUCU